AUGGCCGAUGGCGACUGGACGGCGGGCGCACCUAUAAGGGAAGGUCGUAGCCUGUCGGAGGGGGGCCCGAGCACGCGCUGGCCGAUGGCGGGAGGCAGCUGGUGGCGCGGCGGAGUCGGACUAGCCCAUGCGGCCUCGGCUCAAGUUCAAGGUGCAACGGUGGCCGGGCGAUGGCCGGGAGAGCGUCGGGGUGGCGGCGUCCAGUUGUCGGAGGACGAGGGAAGGCGGUGGCGGCGCUUGGGGGUGAGGAUGACCCCAGCUCGGCCCGAAACUGCACCAGGUGGCCGCAGGGUGCUAUGGCGGCGGCCGGGGGCCUACGGGGACGGUGGUGCCGGCGACGAGGGUGGUCGCCGGAGGCUCAGGAGGGCGGGGGCGGCGCGCGGCCCGCGAGCAAGCUUAGGCUCGGCCGGAGCAAACCUCAGCUGGCUACGGGUCGCCCAGGCGGCGACGGCGGCACGUGCGGACGGCGGGGACAGCAUCGGAGGUCAGGCCACGGCCGAGUGA